UUGGAGCAGAGCCAAGAGAAUUAGAGAGUCCCUUGUCGGUGUGUAAAGUCGUAGACAGAGCCACCAAUUGGGUGAGCGGAUGGUAAUCGGGGCGUGUCAUCGGACUUACCUCCGGGCAGAGCCGACUUGGAAGGAAGGAACAAAAACCUCCGAGAUGAUGCUGAGGGACCUUGUAGAUCAAUGAACAAACAGGUGACGGAUGUUCCAGUUGAUUGUUGGGCAAAUUCGAGGCCAACACGACCUCUCAUUUAAGUGAAAGGUGUGACUCCCCAGAAAACCAGCUUUUCCUGUGGGUCUCCUUAUACAACAACUUCUAGCCGUCAUCAUAUAUACAGACUGUUGUCAAAGCCACCUGAUGCACUGGCCUUGCCUCUUGGGAAAGAGGCUACUGAGCAAACCAGACUGUGCUGUCCUCCCACGGCUGCUGUAGAUGUCAGGCAAGAUGGCUGCCGACUCACCCGUGAGGACAGAGCAUGAGGAGCUGCAGAGGAGGGCCAACCAGGUGACAGAUGAGUCCCUGGAGAGUACCCGUCGUAUGAUGCAGCUAGUAGAGGAGAGCAAAGAUUCAGGAAUCCGGGCCCUGGUCAUGCUGGACGAACAAGGAGAGCAACUGGAGCGGAUUGAGGAGGGCCUGGACCAGAUCAACUCGGAUAUGAAGGAGGCUGAGAAGAACCUCACAGACCUGGGCCAAUGCUGCGGUCUGUGCUCCUGUGAUAAGCUAAAGGACUUUGAGGAGAGUGGGGCCUAUAAGAAGGUGUGGGGGAACAACCAGGAUGGGGUGGUGUCCGGCCAGCCGUCCUCACGCGUGGUGGAUGAGAGAGAGCAGAUGAUCAUGAGCGGAGGCUACAUACGCAAGGUGACAAAUGAUGCAUGUGAGGAUGAGAUGGAGGAGAAUCUGGGACAUGUAGGCAGCAUCAUAGGCAACCUGAAGAGCAUGGCACUGGACAUGGGCAAUGAGAUCGACACGCAGAAUGUCCAGAUUAACCGCAUUCAGGGCAAGGCCAUCCACAAUGUAUACCGCAUUGAUGCUGCCAAUCAGAAAGCUAACAAUCUAAUGAAAAGAUAAAGAGGAAGAUUGUCCUUCUCUGCUGUGUGAUCUUAUCUACUCCCUGUCUGUCUUUCUGUGCCAAUAUGCGUCCAGUGACCAUCCACCCACAUAGAAAACCUGCCAAAUUAUUGUGUAUGACGUAUCAUAAAUCCGGAGCAGCAGGGUACACAUCAUUAUUCAUACCUGGCUCUAGAUUGACCCUAGCCUGUUUGCCAGUCUCUGCCACAUGACGAAGAGUGCAAGGAGUGGAAUGCUACCGAGACUUGUGCCCAGAUAGCCUGGAGACCACACUGCUGCCAUCUGUUGGCUAGAUUGUUUUCUGAAAACUAGAAGCACACCCUCUCCGCUCUUUCACCAUCCUCCGCUAUCCUUCCUCCUUCGAUGCAGAAUGGACCACCAGUGGAAUUGGGUUGCUAUGCUUGUUGUCACCAGGAAGACUAAAGUAAAUAGGAAAGGAAUCAACAUUCGGUGUCUGCUUUGCUUUUAACACGUGAAUGAGGUUUGCCUGUCAAUGAUGACUAUAGUUUUUAAAAUGCACUUUAGAACUCAGUUUUCGUUUUUAUUUAUUUAACUCAACAGUUGCAUGACGGUAAACAUAUUCUCCCAUGUAGGCUGUGUUGAGAUUGUGAACUGGAUUUAACAUCUACAUGUGUCUAGCAAUUGAUAUGUUUUAGUUUUGAUUAGACUAUAUUAGCGCUUCAAUAUAGCUGAUGUCAAACUUGGUUUCUAUCACACAAUUUCCUAAUUGUCAUAACAUCAAGUAGACACACACCCCCCUCCCCCUAUUACAUCCCUCUGAUGUUGUGGUGUUCAACUAUAUAAUUUUGUAUACACGAUAAAUAUGGACUUCUAUUGUAAUUCUGUAUAUAAAAUAUUAAAAUGCAUAAUUAUUUACGUUAA